UAUAUUUCACGUAUAUAGAUUUUGUAGUUUAUGGUCUUUUGGAAUUAAAGGAUUUUUAUGGACGAGGCACAAUGGGUAUUUCUCGGGAUCAUUGGCAUAAGAGACGAGCUACUGGUGGAAAGAGGAAGCCCAUUCGUAAGAAGAGGAAGUUUGAAUUAGGACGUCCAGCUGCGAAUACUAAACUUGGCCCACAACGGAUUCAUACUGUUCGUACACGAGGAGGUAAUAAGAAGUACAGAGCUCUGAGAUUGGAUACUGGAAAUUUUUCCUGGGGUUCUGAGUGUAGUACCAGAAAAACUCGUAUCAUUGAUGUAGUUUAUAAUGCAUCAAACAAUGAAUUAGUGCGAACUAAAACUUUAGUAAAAAAUGCUAUUGUCACCAUUGAUGCCACACCAUUCAGACAAUGGUACGAGGGUCAUUAUAUUCUUCCACUGGGUCGCAGGGGUACUAAGCUGACAGAGGCUGAGGAAGAAGUAUUGAAUAAAAAGCAUUCUAAAAAGACAGAGGCUAAAUACAAAGCUAGACAGCGAUUUGCCAAAGUUGAAGCUGCUUUGGAAGAACAAUUUGCAACGGGACGUGUCCUUGCUUGUAUAGCAAGCAGACCUGGUCAGUGUGGACGAGCUGAUGGGUACAUUCUGGAAGGUAAAGAACUGGAAUUUUAUAUGAGAAAAAUUAAAAGUAAAAAAGCUAAAUAAAUAUAGAUAUAUAUUUAUUAUGAUCACAAGUAGUUACAAUAGUUAGUUCUAUAUGUUUGAGCUGUUACUUAAUAAUGUAAUCCCAGUCCCAGACUUGAUUCCAUACACAAUUAUAUCAUAUCUUUUUGAUUGUAUGUCUAAUGGGAUUAUUUAAAUCCCAUUAGAUCCCAAAUCGAAAAAGAGCAAUGGAUUCAAUCUAAAUGUCACAUUUAUAAACAGAAAUUAUAACAAUCCAAAAAUUAAUAAAAUAAAAUCUUGAAAAA